CAAAGUUUUGAAGAAGUGACUAUCAAGUCCAAGGUCCAAUCUAUAAAGACGAGAGCAAUAUAGAGGUUAUUAUUUUCCUCAAUUUAUUCAAGUGAUGCCGCAAUCAGAAAAAUCGCUCGGUAACAACCUUCCAAUAAUUCGCAUACCAGGAGAUGGUAGAUGUUUGUUUAGAUCUGUGGCCUAUGGUGCCUGCCUCAGAACAGGGGAACCAUCUCCAAGUCUCAGCAGGCAAAAAGAACUCGCAGAUGAGCUCAGAGCCAGAGUUGUAGACGAAUUCAUUAAAAGGAGGGAAGACACUGAGUGGUUUCUUGAGGGUGACUUUGACACCUAUACGGUACAGAUGCGAAAACCUCACAUAUGGGGAGGAGAGCCUGAACUUCUCAUGUCCUCACAUGUUUUACAGAUGCCUAUAACAGUGCUCAUGCAGGAUAACAAUUCAAGUAACCUUAAAGUUAUAGCUGAAUACGGUCAGGAGUAUGGUAAAGAUAACCCAAUUCGAGUCAUCUUUCAUGGUUAUGGCCACUAUGAUGCAUUGAAGAGUUCAACUGGUUAUAUGCAGUCUUAGCUGUAACAUUUCUUGCAGCCUGAUGCUCUUUGCAGUAACGGUAGAACUUAACAAUGUGCAUGUGAUUGUUAUCGUCAUUGAUGUUUAAGGAAAGCCAAUGGCAUAUUGGCAUUAGUGCUUCAAUAACAUGUGAUAUUUGAUAUUUUAAUUUUAGUACCAUUCUUAUUCUUUUUUAUUCUUUUUUCUUUAAGCUGUUUUACUUUAUAUUUAUAGAUCAAAUAUGAUACAUGAUGUAAACAAAUGGUUAUC